CCCGGUUUUGACAGCUGGGAGCUAGUCGCGAUCGAUACCCACCUCCCCGAGCCACCACCUGCAAUGUCAACAGGCGUCGCCGAGCCAGAACCCCGGUCGUAGCGCAGUCAUAGUCAACAUCUCCUGGCUCUUACGCUUUGUGUCAGACAGGAGCUCAGCACCAACCGAGCAGAUUGGUCGAUAUGUCGACAGCGCUUCCGAGGCCGCCUCGGCCCUCCAAUGCUCCGCCGACGAUAGCGCUUCCCGCACUCCCCGUACCCAAGACCAGGAAAAGCACCGGCAAUCUAGGAGCCCCUUCCAGCAAGCCUACACCGAAGACGCCCCGAAGCGGCCUUCGAGCUCCCUCAUCAAGUCUGCUUCCUCCCGCCUCACCUGCUCCCACCGGGGGCCUCCCUAGUCCACGGUUAUCCUCAGGGUUCAAUGCCGCGGGCAAGACAAUACGGAAGACAGUCAGCAUCAAUUCAUUCCCACAACCUCCUCGUGGAGAUGGCCGAAUAUCCAGCCUUCCACCCAGUCCGUUGUCUACAAGCGUCCCUUCGCGAAAGCUGAGAACGCCUACUACGCCCACGUACCAGCUAUCGAACGGAACUCCUAGUCUUCUCAACGGGACCGGUGAGGGCAAGUCGGUGUCACGCUCCGCCCCGACGAGGAAUUCGGAUGGCUUGAUCAGCAUCUCGUCGCCCCCUCAAAGCCGCAGCUCCUCCGCACAGGACUCCUACUCCACCUCAGCAACCCAAUAUGACGAUGUCAACGAUGUGGCACCGCAAAAGUCCGACCUCACAACAGCUGGAAAGCGUGCCUCGAAGGCUGACGGAAAGGGCAACGUUAUCGUCAGCGUCAGAGUGCGGCCAGACCUUGGCGGUAAUGACAACCGGGGGGAUAGCGAGUGGUUGGUCGAUGGAAAGAAGUCCUUGAUUGCGUACAGGGGGAAGGAAGGAGGAGACUACUACUACGAUAACGUCUUUGCGGCCCACGAUGACAACUCCAAAGUCUAUGACCAUAUCGCAAAGCGGUUGGUACGGAGGGUGAUGGAGGGCUACCACGGAACCGUAUUCGCCUACGGCAUGACCGGAACAGGAAAGACUUUUUCGAUGCAGGGUACAGCAUCUUCGCCUGGCGUAAUUCCCCUCGCCAUUACCGACAUCUUCUCCUACAUUCGCGAGACGCCAUCCAGGGAGUUCCUACUUCGCGUCAGCUACCUGGAGAUUUACAACGAAAAGAUCCACGAUCUGCUGAGCAUGGCUGCGGGCAAUGGUGCCCAGCAGCAGGAGGAAAUCAAGCUGCGGGAGGACAGCAAAAGAGGAGUUUAUGCGAGUCCUCUAAAGGAGGAGAUCGUACAGAGCCCGACACAGCUCCUCCGUGUGAUUGCCCGUGGCGACCAAGCUCGCAGGACGGCGAGCACCCAAUUCAACGCCAGGAGUUCCCGGAGUCAUGCCGUCGUGCAGAUCGUGGUGGAGAGCAGGGAACGGGUUCCGGGCGGCCCAGGAGACGGCAAACGUUCAGGCCUCCCACCGGGUGGUGUCCGUGUGUCCACGCUCAGCUUGAUUGACCUUGCCGGUUCGGAAAAGGCGGCCGAGUCGAAAGAGCGGCGUCAAGAAGGCUCUCACAUCAACAAAAGCUUGCUCACCCUCGGCACCGUCAUUGCCAAACUUUCCGAGCACAAGGACAAGGAUGGGAAACCGGCCGACAAGGACGGGAAGCACCUGCCCUACCGCGACAGCAAGCUUACCAGGUUGCUGCAAGGUGCGCUGUCCGGUAACUCCCUGGUCAGCAUUCUUUGCACCAUCGCCGUCAGCUCUGCUGGAAGCGCUGCAACAUCCAACACGCACGCGAACGAGACGCUCAACACGCUAAAGUUCGCGUCCCGCGCGAAGAACAACAUCGUCAGCCAUGCCAAGCGUGCCGAGGAAGCCUUGGGUGCGGGCGGAGAUGGAGGUGCCAGAGUUCUGCUUGAACGCUACCGGAUGGAGAUUAUGGAGCUGAGGAAGGAGCUCGAGGCCCAGGCGAAAGCCAACAGUAAGAAGGAGGUCGACGAGGAGAAAGAGCGCGACGCGGAGGAGGAGCGGGCGAGAGAGAAGGAGGCCGAGAUGCGUCACGAAGAACAGAUGCUGGAGAUGCAGCUGGCCCGGACCGCGCUGAAGGAGAGGAUAGACCAUCUCAACCGGCUUAUUCUCAGCUCAAAGUCGAUAGGGGUCAACGCGAGCGGAUCCUUCAGCUCCCUCGGCAUGCACCCCCGGUACUCACAAUCGUCCAUCAGAUCGUCCAUGGUAGCCUCGCACGCAGGCAAUCUGUCACUCGAGAGGUCAGCCUCGUUGACUUCGAGUGCCUCCACCAUCGGCCGGAAGUCGGGGAGUCAUCAGUCAUCUGGAGGCGCGGAAGCGCCCGUGGCGGAGGAAGAUGACAGCAUGGGCGAGUUAGGAGACGGGACGGCGUCGCUCGCAGCGCAGAACCGUGCGCUCCAAGCCGACCUCGCCGAUAAGAACCGAUAUAUCCAGACGCUGGAGAAACGACUCCUGCAGGCCCGCCGCGCCAGCUCGUCGCGCACCUCGUCCGGACUGACUGGGACCAAAGGAAUCAUGGUUGGCGAAGACCACAGCGUCUCGGCCGUCAUCAAAGAGAAGGACGCGGAAAUCGCAGAGCUCCGAGCCCGCCUCGACGACAAAGACCGGAUGCUUGCGGCGUUGCGCAGCGCGGCGCGGUCGCGCGACAAUGCCGACCGCGUCGAGUCAAGGUCGGAAGUCCGGACGUCGCAGAUCCUAGACAGUGACCCGGGCCCUGCGCCAACGGGAAGCCCUCCCGCCGCCCCUUCGCUGUUGAGGCAGGUCUCUUAUCUUCGGAAGCGGACUAAGAGCGUCGACGAGAUGAGCAGGAUGCUCGACGAGAUGAUCCAGGACCGGGUCGAGAGCGGCCAGCUCAUCCGCGGUUCGCGGGGUAGUGUGAGGGUUGCGUCCGAACACGGCGUACGCAGCAGCAAAGAGGCAACCCCUUCUUUGCCUCCUUUGGGCCCGCCGCCUGCGAGUCCGCCUGCGGCUCCGCCGAUCCAGCUCCAACUCUUGUCCCGGCAGAGGACGUCGUUGAUGUCUGAGCCGCAAAAGUCGAUGGCGUUGGGGGCUUGAGGGGGGAUUAUUUUUGUCGUAGGGGUUUCGGGCGGUUGGCCGCGUUUCUCACGAGCCAAGCUCAGGGGCUGACUUUCGGUUCGACGCGAUUGGGAUUUGGGUAUCCGUGAUACGAAUCUGGAGGGAAUGGAUGAUACUUAUCUUCUUUUUGGUUUCAUGGCUUUUCUUGUGUCGACUGGUUGUACCUUGUCUUAUAUACCCGGGU